GAUACCUGUUCGGAGUACGGACAAGAGAGGGAUGAAGGUGUUUCGCCUAGGCUGGUAAACCGUUUUGGCAAAAGACUGCAGCAGAUCGGCCAAUUAAUCACUCUCCAGAAGGUACUAUUUUUGCAGUGGGCUAAGUCACGCGGCAUUACCCGAUGGCACAUAUUGAGUGUAACUGAUGGAUCAGUUAUUUCAUCAACGCAUCGAAGCAAUUGCAAAAUUUCGUUCUCUGUCCUAGUCAGAUUUGAGCUAACCGAUAAGGAAUAUGAGCCGGCCAUAAAUCCUCUUACUUUGGAUAUAAACCAGCUUCGAAAACUCGUUCGGGACUUCGGGCGCGAUUUGGACGAUCUCCGGAAGCUGACGAAGCCCUAA